UGCCAUUCUUAAUAAUGGGCCGUCGAAGUCGAAGCCGCAGCGGGUCGAUGGAUAGCUGGGGCCGGAAGCGAGUGCGAUCGUCACGGGCGGAGCGCAGUGAUAGAGACGUGAGAGAUCGCGAUCGUCGGAGGUCUCGGGAACGUGGGCGCUCGCGCUCCCGGUCCAGGUCGGUUGAGCGUCGGCGUCGUCAUUCGCCGUCCCCGCCACCACGCCGCCCCGUGCGCCGUACUCCAAGUCCAAAACCCGCCUUUGAAGUCUUGUCCACUCAAGAUUUUAGAGAGCGAAUCCUGCAAGGCGAAGGUGGAUCGUCGCCGUCCAAUGCAUCGCAGAACAAACCCCCCGAACCUGAAAUCAGCGAAGAGGAGCAAAUGCGCUUGCUUAUGGGCUUUGGGGGCUUUGAUACGACCAAGGGCAAGGUCGUCGAGGAAAACCUCCGCGGUCCAGCUCUCGGAACGUCCAACACUAAGUCCAAGCGCGAGUACCGCCAGUUUAUGAACAAACGUAGCAGCUUCAUGAAACCCAAGCCGCCAGCGCCAAUGAACUGUUGAGUGCUGGUUCUGCCACGAUGCUGUCCUUGCAUGCUACGGCCACCUACCCUUGGGCAUCAAAACUCGAAAAAGUUACUCCGGGAGUAUUUCGUCGUAUUCUGGCCAAAAGUGAAACAAAAGCUCGUCCUAAUAGUAUAGUAAUAUGUUGACCAAAAUGGAAAACAAUAGAGUGAUUUUGCUACGUGAUA